AUGACGCGCGUCCCUUCGAUCGUCGCGUCCAGCGUCGCAUGCGCCGGUCUGGCUCUCCUCCUCUGUCUCGCGCCCAGUGUCCACGCUGCAGGCGACCAGCCCGUGCCCUGGGACGGCCGAUUCCAGGACCUCACGGUCGCGUCGCUCAAUGACAAGUACCUGAUGCACAUCUUGACCGACCGUCAGAACGGCAAAGUGAAGCCAGACCAGUGGGUGACGGUCACGAGCAAAGGCCGCUCGCCUGCGUUCAAUAAGGACACGGGCGUAGCGACGGUCGCCGUCGACGCAGAAGCGGUCUUCGGGGGGCAGACGAACUUCCGUCGGUCAGAGCUGGUGCAAAACGUUGCUGGCAAUACGGCCGGCACGACGUUCUUCCGCGUGAGUCUUAUGAAGGAAGAGGCCUAUGUGAACAAGUACUCGUGGCAAGUGGUGUUCCCCGAGUCGCAUCUCUUUGAGAUCCGCAUUGACGCGACCAAGAGCCCGGCCGAGCUCGUGUGGUACACGGGCGGCAGCACCGAGACGCGCUGGUCCACGGAGUUUAAGCUUAAGACGUGGUACAACUUUGGCAUUGCUGUGUCGACGGGCGAACUGGCGCUGUACUUUAGUGAAGACGACGAGGCGCUGGCGCUCACGAAGACAGAGAGCUACAACGGAGCGGUUCCGACGAACUACGAGUUCCACUUUGGCCAGCUCACGCUCUCGAACGAUGGCAGUAUUGUCAAGAUGGCAAAGGAGCAAGACGUGCUGUCGUUCAAUGGUGUGUCUGUGGAAGACGGCAUCCCGAGCGACGCUGGUGGGGACGCGAAGGCCACGAACUCGACUUCGAGCAGCUCGAGUGCGCCGAGUCCGUCGACGCCAGAGGUCAAAACGGACGAUUCGAGUGCUGCGACUCCGACGCCUCCGAAGGAAACACCUGUUGUGAGUGAAGACGAGGAGGAGGAGGAGAAGGAGGAGAGUCAGGCUGGUGAACCACCCAAGGACGCGGCGCCAACGCCUUCAGUUGACUCGAAACCGACCGGCGGCUCGGUCGAUGAGAGCUAUGACGAUGGCAAGUUGGACGACAAAGCCUCUGACGACAACACCGACACGACUACACCUGUGAUCACGACUCCGCUGGCGAGUACGACGUCAGGUUGCAAGGUUCGUCGUGGCUGA